CGCAGACGGUGAGAAAAGCAAAAAGUAUUUUCCUAUUCUCUCCCCCUUUCUUCCUCCGUUUCCAGACGAAAAUGGUGACAGUGAAGACAAUUCAUACAGUACAACCUGCUGAGCCAACUCCAAAUGAGAUCAUGUAUCUAUCAGAACUUGACCAAAUUAACGCCGUUACUCAUGCACCCACUGUCCACUUUUAUGGUCCAAAUACAGAUUUUCACUAUUCAGAUGCAAUCCAAAUUCUAAAAGACUCGUUGAGCAGAGCGCUUGUAAUCUUCUACCCACUAGCCGGGCGCCUCCAUGAGAGUGGACUUGGGGGAGGCCGCCUGGAACUUCAUUGCGAUGCCAAGGGAGCUACUCUCGUCGAAGCUGAGACAGAAUCCACGGUAGAAGAUUUUGCAAAACAGAAUUUUCUUCCAAAUGCAAAAAUGCGAGAGCUUAUUCCGAAAAUGGAUUAUAGUAAUACUCCAAUAUGCGAGCAACCAUUGGUUUUGGCGCAGCUUACUAAAUUCAGAUGUGGUGGACUUUCUCUUGGCUUGGGCAUUUCUCACGUUUUAGCAGAUGGAACGUCUGCUUUCCAUUUUAUCAAUGAAUGGGCCAAAAUUGCACGCGGGGUGAAGACUGGUAUCCUCCCAGUACUCGAUCGGAAAAUUUUGCAAAUUGAAGAACCUCCGAAGUUUGAGCAUACAGCGUUGACACCACUGCCACUAAUAAUAGGCCAGCCUGACAAUACAGAGGAGAGGAAGAAGCCAACAACAAUUGCCAUGCUAAAGCUAAGCAAAGAACAAAUUGAUAAAUUGAAGGACAAAGCAAACAAGGAUAAACUAUACAAAAAUACCUUUCGUCCAUAUAGCAGGUAUGAAGCUGUCGCUGGACAUGUGUGGAGAUGUGCAUCCAAGGCACGGAGGCAUGUAGACGAGCAACUAACUCAAUUACACAUAGCAGUCAACUUCAGAAAUCGAAUUCAGCCACCAAUACCACAAGGUUUUUUUGGGAACUCCAUUUUACGAGAAGCAGCAAUAACCACAGCUGGUGAAUUACUCUCUAACCCUUUAAGUUAUGCUUCAAGUAAAAUACGCGAAGCAAUUGAUCAAGUAACGGAUGAAUACAUAAGAUCAUAUCUUGGACUUAUUAAGGCUCUACCAGAUGUUUCGGUACACCGUAAUUUUCACACGGCAGGGUGUGCAUUGGGAGCUUUCUAUGGAAACCCUAGUAUGGAAGUCACAAGUUGGACAUCUCUGCCUGUAUAUGAAGCAAAUUUUGGAUGGGGAGAGGUGAUUCACCUAGGCCCUGGAUCAAUGGGGCAUUUUUGCUAG